AAUUGGGAAACCAGUUUUCAAACACGCUGUAACCAAAGUAUAUAAAUUCCAACCGACGAUCGUUAGAAGCAUUAUUUGGUGAUCUUCCGCCCAUCUUACACAACAGACAGUUACAAUGCAGAGCUUCAAAGUCAUCCUAGCAUUCACACUUCUCGCUACCGUGUACGCAAAUCCCAGUCCGUUCUUCCACCACCACCAUUUCCACAGCGGAGUCCAUACCUAUCAUCCGGUUGCAGUGCGAGAGUACGUUAGGGUACCGGAAGUACAUGUACAGAAGGUUGUCCAAACGGUUCCCGUGUAUGUGCCUGUCGUAAAACCCGUAUUACAUCAUGUUCCGGUAGUGGUGCAUCCCGUUCCUGUUCCAGCAGAACAGCCAGUGAAUGUAGAGCUAGGUGGUGGAGUGAAUGUGGCCGCCAAUCCGGGAGCGGUACAUGUUACUAAAACUAAGCCGGUCAAAGUUUCGGUGUGAUUCAAUGAAGAAAGUUUAGCAUGAAUAAAUAAUCAGGAUUUAACUUGGGCAUUCAAUUCAUUCAUGUUACUUUUGUUAGAA